AUGCGUGUUUUCAGAUUUGCUAGGCUUGUACUACUUCUGCCUUUUUUCAAGGCGAAAAAAGGCUGCGCAGAUGUGAUCCUUGAAGGGGAGUUUGAGUCUAAACUUGGUUACGAUGGCGAGCAAAUAGUUUAUAGUAAAAAAAACUUUAAAGGCAGUAUUUAUGCAUUUGUGCCUGUUAAAGGAAAGUGUGGAAUAAGCGUCCAGGAAAGCACGGAUGGAGUGGAAUGGGAAAAUAAUAGUUCCAUUGAAGUGGAGGAUGGGGUUAACGAGGCAACACUUUUUUCUGUGUUUACAACAGAUGAUGCGGUUAUCGUCAUUUUUAGAUGUUCUAAUAUAUAUUACAUUGCAAAAAGGGGAGAAGGGAAUGCUUGGAAAAAUAUAAAACAAGUAUCUUUUUCUGAUUUUCCUGCAGACGCAAUUCCAGCCGUGUACUCGGGAUCCUACUUACUUAUGAACAACGAAUAUGAGAAGUUCAUUUUGGUAUGCGCGAGAGAGGAUCCUAAUGGAAGCGAACACGGUAAUGAAAGUGACAGUGAGGUAAAGGCAGUCCCCUUUUCAGAACUGCAACUGUUGGGUAGGUGCAAAUUUUCGUUCGACGAGGGGGAAACAUGGAGGGAGGGUGUAACUAGGAUCCACAGUGAUGAUCUAAGCAGUUAUGACGGGGGGGAGGAUAGUACUGAGUUGAGCCAUGAUGAUGCAUUGAAGAGUGUUAAAGAGGUGAAUAUGUCAGAGGAGGAAGAAGUAAAGUUGGAGGGCCAAGGCACGGAGGAAUCCAAAGAAGGAGCGCCCCUCAGAAAUGGUAUGCAAAUACGUCUAAUUCAAAUGGGAGGAAAUCUAGCCAUAAGAGCUGUAAAUAUUACAAAGGAUAGCAACUCCACCAAGACAGUGAUACAGGUAUGUAACAGUCUAUACAAAAACGACCUCUACUGUGAUAAAGUGAAGUUACAAAUUAAGGAUGAGUACGUUUUGCACACAUACGAAAUGGUGAAUGGUUACCAUAUGGCCGUUUUGCGUGAAAGAAAUGGAACCCAUCUUGUACCUUCAUUUGUUUACAACUUGAGCGAAACGUUUGAACCGAUUCUUCAUUACAAGUAUGAAAACAACGGCGAAGGCAAAAGUGAUGUAGUAGGAGGAAUCCCCUUGGAUAAAACAACAUACGAAUUUGUUUUGGCGAAAGGAGACAUGGUAUUCCUUUUUAGUUCAACCGUAGGCAAAAAAAACAAAGUGAUAAAAAUAAACGCCCCGAGGAGGAAGGCAGGGUGCGAAGUACUCCCAGAUGGAGAAUCCAACAAGGGGUACUCUCAUACCUUUUCAAUUAGAAACAUGCAAAAUCAUCGUAUUUGUAAAAUGGCCACAUCAGAACUUGGAACGACGGAAGAUGGUUUGUUCAAAGUGUUCUACGUAACGUUGCCCAAAGGGGUAUCCCUAAAUGAUGACUGCUUUAGAUUUUCCUUUAGUAAAGAGCUUAAAAGUGAAUACCACACGACUGUGGUGACAAAGUCUACUACUGGAAAUGCUACCCACGAAGGAGAAAUCCAGUUUUCCUUCCCAUUGUAUUAUUCAAAAUAUUUGUAUAACUAUAAAAAGGCUUACUGCACAUUAAGCAACGGCCUUAUGGUAGCUGUCGAGUUUGAUUACCUUAGAAACAUUCUGGACUUGAAUUAUAGCGACGAAAAUGAUGUGAUAAAAAUUACUAGUAACGAUAUUGUCGUGCAUGCUAAGAGGAGGUAUGUCCAGGAAAAAGGUGGAGAUAUAUUCCCCAGUGGAACUUACAUAAACACUUAUCUACCCUUUGAGAAGGAAUAUGUCAUUUCUAAUUUUGUCCCGAAGAGUGUAAAUGAGGUUAGCACUAUAACUCUACCCCAUGGGUCAGUUAGGAAGUUACAUUUUUUACAAAGCGGUGAAGUACUGCCAUAUGAUGGAAUCGAUUUGUCGAAUGUCUCACCGAAUUAUAAAAAAUUGACGAAAUAUGAGCUGAACAGAAAAACGCUAGAUGUCAUCAUUUCCAAUUUCAAAAGUGAUGAAAAAAUUAUCGGAUUGGUUUGCCCCCUUAGUUCAGAGGAUGAGGGUUUGACAUGUUUCGAUAAGGUGUACCUACAAAAGGGGGGCCUUCACAACAUUGAAUUUGUGUUUGGAAGUAAUGACAUUUUUGUAAUUCCUCAGAGGAGGUUACUUAGGCCAGGUGGGAAGAUGGCCAUGGAGUCUCUUCUAUAUUUAAACAAACGCAACGUAGACAAACUGAAGAAGGAAAAAAAUAUUAUUCAUUUUUUCUGUGAAUGUAAAGGGGAUGAGGACACAGAAUCGGUGCGCGUAAAUUAUUACAUCUCCGCUUAUUACGACUCAGAGUUUGUUAAGGCGCAAGUGGGAAAAUCGGGGGAGAGUUCCUUCAUUAAUGGGCAUAUUAUGGUGCAAAGGGAGGAAGCGGGAAAAGAGAGUACAGUUGACAAGGUGGACGACAAAGUCGACUGGAUCAGCUCUGAUACGAAUCUUAACAUGGAGGAGGGUGUUCGUAUGAUAGGGCAGAAUAUGCUCUUUAGCAUGCUGAGUGGUGGUAACUCAAAGGGAAAUCCCCACGGUCGAAGCGCUAAUGUAUUGUACACUGUCAUUUGCACCUUUUUGGUACUAUUACUGUUGGCCUUUUUGCAUGUAGGGCGGUUAAGUCAGAAGGGUUCCUAA